CUUCGUAGGGGGCUCCGAAACAUCCCCGGGAGAGCCCCGAAGAAUGGACUUUUUCCUUUUCAUCUUUUACUUGGCUGUCGCAACAGCGUUUUCACACAAACAAACAGUUCGAGUUCAAGUUCGUAUCUAUCAGAUGCCGAUUUCUUUCGUACCCGUCGACGGAAAAAAUGGUCGUCCGGGGGAGGCGCUCACUCAGCGCGCUUCAGUUACUGGGUGUUGGUCUCGCCAAACGGGGUGGCGAGAGUGCCACGGCGCCGCGCUCCUUGUUCCAAAAGAGAAUCCCGAUAGUUCAAAACGAUUCGAUACAGACGGAGAGAUCUCGGUAUUCGGUGUUUGACCUUCUUGCGUCUUGCUUACGAUAUCAAAUAUGGGAAGGGAGGGUUAUGGGGCACGCGGUUUUGACAGUCACAUUGAGAAUGGACACGAGGAGGGGAUCUUCCUUACCUUGCCGUUACAUCCGGUUCGGAUGUUUUUCUGGGAGCGUGUGCGAACUGCUGCAGGCUAACAAGCAGAGCAUCUGACAGCCAGCCAAAACACGAAACCCACGAUCGCGAUGACACAGCUGAGGGACAAGCCGGCAAGGCUGGUUAAUAAUACUGAACAGUACAAAGCAAUACGGGACGGGCGUCCGCCAACCGCCAACCGCCAACCGCCA